GAUGGUACCUCAAGCUACUGCCUCUUCUUCCCAGCAUCUCUGAACGCAUCUUCGGACUCGGCUGAAGAGAGGAAGCCUGUGCCAGCAGGGCCUUAUUUAUCAUUAACAAGAUUAGCAUUAUGGCCAGGAACCGAAAAGAAAGAAACAGCUGGGGUGGUUUCUCAGACAAGGGGGCGUAUGACUGGAGCUCUGAGGAGGAGGAGCCCGUAACACAAGCAGAGCCAGUCCAGGUCCUCAUUGUUAAAGAUGACCAUUCCUUUGAGCUGGAUGAAGUAGCACUCAGCAGGAUCCUGUUGUCUGAGGCCGUACGGGACCGAGAAGUCGUGGCUGUGUCGGUGGCAGGAGCCUUCCGCAAAGGCAAAUCCUUUCUCAUGGACUUUAUGUUGAGAUAUAUGUACAACCAGGGCUCUGAAGACUGGCUGGGCUCCCCAGAUGAUCCUUUGACUGGCUUUUCUUGGAGAGGGGGGUCUGAACGUGAGACCACUGGCAUCCAGAUCUGGAGUGAGGUUUUUCUAGUUGACAAACCCGAUGGCACGAAGGUGGCAGUUUUGCUGAUGGAUACACAGGGCACAUUUGACAGCCAGUCAACACUGCGAGAUUCCGCCACUGUCUUUGCUCUCAGCACAAUGAUCAGCUCCAUGCAGGUUUAUAACAUAUCCCAGAAUGUGCAGGAGGAUGAUCUGCAGCAUUUGCAGCUUUUUACCGAGUAUGGCAGACUAGCUAUGGAAGAAACCUUCUUGAAGCCAUUCCAGUCUAUGAUAUUUCUCGUGAGAGACUGGAGUUUCCCAUAUGAAUUCCCCUAUGGGCAGGAAGGUGGUAUGAAGUUCCUGGAGAAAAGACUGAAGAUCUCAGAGAAUCAACACGAGGAACUGCAAAAUGUGCGAAAGCACAUCCACUCUUGCUUCACCAACAUCUCCUGCUUUCUAAUGCCUCACCCUGGCCUUAAAGUUGCUACCAACCCACACUUUGAUGGCAGACUGAAAGAAAUUGAUGGGGAGUUUAUCACAAACUUGAAAGUGCUGGUCCCCUGGCUCCUCUGUCCACAGAACCUGGAUGUCAAGGAGAUCAAUGGUAACAAAAUUACUUGCAGGGGCCUUGUGGAGUACUUUAAGGCCUACAUAAAGAUCUACCAGGGAGAAGAGCUGCCCCACCCCAAGUCAAUGCUGCAGGCCACAGCAGAAGCGAACAACCUGGCAGCUGUUGCAGCGGCCAAAGAUUUGUACACAAAGAAGAUGGAGCAGGUCUGUGGAGGAGAUCGCCCCUUCCUGGCACCCAGUGAGCUGCAAGCACGACACGGCGACCUAAAGGACGAAGCGCUAAGACUGUUCCGCAGUGUCAAAAAGAUGGGCGGAGAAGAGUUCAGUCGGCGAUACCUGCAACAGCUGGAGGCCGAGAUUGAUGAGGUUUUUCUUCAGUACAUCAAACACAAUGACUCCAAGAACAUCUUCCAUGCGGCUCGCACCCCUGCUACACUUUUUGUAGUCAUUUUUGUCAUGUACGUUGCAGCUGGUAUCACUGGGUUUGUAGGAGUUGAUGUUAUUGCCAGCCUCUGUAACAUGAUUUUAGGCCUGGCACUGAUCACGUUAUGCACGUGGGCCUACAUACGCUACUCUGGUGAAUACCGAGAGUUGGGAGCCGUCAUUGAUCAGGUGGCUGGGGCACUCUGGGAUCAGGGAAGUACAAAUGAGGCUCUUUAUAAACUGUACAGCGCUGCAGCCAAUCACCGGCACUUGUACCAUCACGCCUUCCCUGUGCCACUGACAGAGGAUGAGGAGCACAAAGCAAAGGAUAACUGAUGUGGCAUUUGUCCAAAUCUUGUGAAGGAACUAAAACGCCCGAACACAGAAAUGUGAGGUACCCGACAGCAUUGUGGGGAGGAAAAACACACUACAAUUAAAUGAAAAUCACAACAGUCCAGAAAGAAGACGCCUGCACUUCAACCUACAAAGCAUCACAACCAACAUGAGCCUAAAAACACACAACAGAGGACUGCGAUCAACCCAAUGAAACCAAAUCUGGAAAGUGCCACCACAGAUUUAGAGGACUACAGUAAAACGUUAAGCCAGCUAAGCGCCAAAAGAAAUCAGAGACCAAAAUGAAAAAUUAACAUUCCAAGAACAGGAGCAGGGAGUAAUUGAUUUGUAGGCCCACAAAGUGGAAACGAAAAAAUCCAAGUCAGUUAGCCCUAAUGACAUGAAGUUACCGAAAUUUCCUUCAUUUGAACCAACGGAGGAUCCACCAAAACAUGAGAGGACUGCAAUGGUGGAACUAAAAGAUCAAUUGUGGAUGAGAAUGGUGCUGAAGUGUAGGACUUGUCACAGCAAUGCAGGCCCAACUCCAGCCCUGUACUUGAGGAUUCUCCGUUUCUUAGCGUGCAUGAGACACAGAAAGCAUUUGUUCCAUUUUGUUUUUUCGAUGUACUACAGUUUAGUAUGUGUUACCUCUGUAAAAAUGCUGUAUAUUUGCAGGACCAAUGUGACGUAAUCACCCAACAUUUCAAGUGGGUCCACAGGCACAGAGGGAGGCGCCUGUUCGUGAAGGUUUUGUUGUUCUUUUGUGUUGACUUAUUGCGGCUGCCCAUGAAAGUGCGUGGCGGGUGUUUUAAAUUUGGCAGAUAGCACAACAUUGCGGUCUAAAUGCAUGUUAUCUUUAGGCCAGCUAAGCACUGACUCUUAACAGGGAGAUGCAAGCCCUAAUCACCCGCUUACCUGUCAGAAACAAGCCACCAAAAUUGUCGAGAAGUGGUCCACCAGGUGCCUUUGAGCAUCCCAGUGAAAUCUAAGAUUAAUAAAACAUUGUGCCCUAUGGGACCAUGA